CCGGGUUACAACUGUAGAUUUACACCUUUCUCUCUCUAACAUAUAUGUGUUUCUAGAGGGAGAAAUAGAUAGGGAGAGAGAAAGACGUCGCUUCCCGCGUUUUCCAUCUGCAAUCUGAAUUUACUGAUGCGUGCAAGCUAUUCUCACAAUCUCAACACCCCACAUUUUCUUGGUCCUUAACGGUUUUAACUCUCUUUCUCUCCCUCUAAGCUUCUUCAUUCCUCAGAAGUCUCAAUCUCUAUCUGUCUCAUCACUUUCCUUUUCCAUCACUCUCCUCUCUAUAAAGCUAAACCCAUCAAAUUUUCUUACCAAAUUUCUUGUCUGUUCCUGGGAUUUCUUUGUUCCAAUCAGCAUCAAAGGCUUGAUAGUUGAUACUUUGGUUCAUUUUCUUACUGAUUCACCACGAAAUCUAUGAAAUCUGAAUUCAGACAAUGGGAAUUCACAUGAGCAAGAAGACUGCUGAAACUUCAGCUGCAAUAAACAAUCUACAAUACACAACUGAGCUCAACUCAUACGAAGCCGCGUGCCGAGUUGACACAGAUUUGCAGUCCUUCGACACAACCCUCCAAGCUCGAACCAAUCAUGUCAUCAAUUCCCUAGCUGUCGGGGUAGAAGUUCGGGCAUUGUCGUUCGAUUCUCUAAAAGAAGUCACAGAAUGCCUCCUGGAGAUGAACCAGGAGGUAGUUAAAGUGAUUCUGGAGUGCAAGAAAGACAUAUGGAAGAAUCAAGAACUAUUCGAGCUUGUAGAGGAGUACUUCGAGAACAGUUUGCAGACUCUGGAUUUCUGUGCUGCAUUGGAGAAAUGUUUGAAGCGAGCACGUGACAGCCAGUUGAUUAUUCUCAUCGCGCUUCAACAGUUUGAAGAGGAGGAUGGGGUGGAAGGAAGUAGAUAUGUGAGAACUUUGGAGGAGCUGAAGAAUUUCAAGGCUGCUGGUGACCCUUUCACCGAAGAGUUCUUCCAAAAUUUUCAAUCUGUUUAUAGGCAGCAGAUACUAAUGCUUGAGAAAUUGCAACUCAGAAAGACUAAACUUGAUAAGAAGAUCAAGAGCAUUCAUGCGUGGAGAAAGGUGUCAAAUGUAAUUUUUGUAGCUACUUUUGCGGCUGUGCUGAUUUGCUCAGUGGUGGCAGCCGCCAUGGCUGCACCACCUGUUGCAGCAGCUCUUGCUGCUGCAACUUCGAUCCCCUUGGGUUCGAUGGGCAAGUGGAUUGAUUCUCUUCUGAAGAACUAUGAAAAUGCAGUGAGAGGACAGAAGGAAGUCAUUAACUCUAUGCAUGUGGGUACUUAUGUUGCAAUUAAGGACUUGGAGAACAUUCGGGUACUCAUCGACCGAUUGGAAAUUGAGAUUGAAAUGAUUUUACAGAAUGCUGAUUUUGCUAUUAAGGAAGAAGCUGUGCAGAUUGGGAUAGCUGAGAUAAAGAAGAAGCUGGAUGUGCUUAUGAAAAAUGUUGAGGAUUUAGGGAUGCAAGCUGAUAUCUGCAGCCGGGAUAUUCGCAGGGCAAGAACUGUGGUUCUGCAGAGGAUCAUAAAACAUCCCAAUCCUUGAAACAUGCUCCUUCAUACUUUACCAAACAACUGUUCUUAUGCUGCAAACAUCUAUUUUAUUUCUAUAUAUCAUUAUGCCAAUCACACGUUCAAUGUUUAUAAUUUGGGUCCAUGCAAAAAGAUUCAUGUUAUUAUGAAGAAUAAGGGAUAUUGGAUCUCAUUUGUAAUCUGUAGGCAUAGACAUUUCUAGUUUCUAAGUCUAGAAAGUUCGUUGUUUCCAAUUCAUUCAUUUUUUUAUGGUAUUAGUAUUUCAUAUGCUGAUUGAUUCCUUAUGUUGAG